AUGGAGCGUUGGAAUGCAAGCCAACAAUACGUGUUUACGACAGACAAUGAAGUGGCUUUGCAUGACCUGCUUGGAGUGGGUGCAAAUGAAGAACGUGACGUCCGCGACGAUCCAGCUCGCAGUUCAUUCCGACAAGGAAAUUUGGUGGAAAUUGCAUUCAACUUGCGAGCAGCGCCGUUUAAUAAGGACAAGCAAGUCCUCUGUCACCUGGACCGCAUCAUUCGCAUUAGCAAAGAAGCGACGACGGACCUUGCUCGAUUCGAAGAGACCAAGUCUACUAGUGCUCGAUACGACAGCAGACCAAGAUCCAACCCAGUUAAACGGAUUCUGUCAAUGCCGUAUCUUCGCAACGUGAAACAGCGUCGGAAUCAGGAGUUGGAUGACUAUCUUACGGAGCAAGAGGAACAAGAAGAGGGGAGCAAGAGGAACAAGAAGAAGGGGAGGAGAAGGAAGAAUGAGAUUACUGCAUCGAUGAAUAUGUUUUUGUAUCAAUACUAUGUAACAUUAUCGAGUUUAUCGUCCUGGAAUCUCAUCUCAGAAGGAGUCGGGGACUGGCGCCUCGCCGCCACUACCGAUAAUAAUUUAAUACCUUAG